AUGGCAAAGUCCAAAUCGAAGAAGAGAAAGCAAAACGCGCAAGUCGAGGCGCCCAAUAAAGUAGCCAAAACGAAUGCGACAUCGACGAUUACCCCUCCACCCGAUAGCGAUGGCGACGCCACCUCCCUCGAGCCCAAGAGCUUGCAGACAGUCAUUUCGGACGAAGAGCUCGACAUCGCGGUCGACACAUUAAAGACGCUAUCACAGUACCCCAACCUCAUCAAGUCGAAAGCAUGCAAAGACCUUCGCGUUGCCGUCUACGACUUCCGCCAGGCAUCCGCCAGCGAUGCUCCCGGAUCGAACCUCGGACUUGUAGCGCGCAUCACGUCUGCCCUUACCGAUGAAAGAUACACCGAAGCGAGGAUACUCCUUGCCGAAAUGAAAAUUCGCGAGCAAGAACCAAAGCUUGGUGCUCUGUGUCGAUGGGUGCGAGACCUGGACAUGAUCAGCGGCUUGUCGACGAUACCCGGCGGAGAUGGUGCUGCCAUUCAGCGGAGCGAACUCGACGAACAACGCCUUCGCGUGAUGGAUGCCAUCUUACGAGUCACCGGCCCGGUCGAUACGAACCCGAAGGCAUUGCCAGUCUCGUCAACACCUGGCAUCGCCCUCCAGGAAAUCUGGGACGUCCGUCCUUCAACACCCUCAGAACAAGUCUACGCCUCCGUGCUGGACAAGACAAUCUUCAAAUCAGCGCCACCGGCUCUCUCUACUGGUCUUCGUAUGAUUGAGAGGACACCUGGCCCGCAACGCAAACCGCCCAACCACCACGAUGCCCUCCUCUACACCACCGCUCCAAACGCGAUUCCCUUGGCGACAGAGAAAUUAAACGUAUCAUACCUGCCACAUCCGAACGUCCCCAACCUCGGCGUUCUAAGCAACGUGCUGUCAAAGGAAGAAUGCAAAGCAAUCGUAGCCGCUGGUGAAACCGUCAACUUCCUCCCCGACGCACCCCUCCGCGAAGACGGCGACAUCAGCAUCCUCGCUCAUAACUUCUACUGGGUCGUCGACCCCCUUUUCCACGACACCCUCUGGUCGCGUGUCGCAGCACACGUCCCGGCCUCCGUCAAAGGUCGCAUGGCUCGCGGCCUCAACCGUCGUUUCCGCGUGUACCGCUACGUCCCCGGCGCCGAGUACCGUGCUCACAUCGACGGGGCGUGGCCGCCAUCGGAUGUCCUUCCGGACGACACAUACGUCUACGAUGCCUCGCCCGAGGGCAAGAAGCAGAGUUCGCUCUUCACAUUCUUGAUUUACCUGAACGAUGAGUUCGAGGGCGGGGAGACUACGUACUUCCUGCCGGCGGCACGGGAGGGAACGCUCAAUGCCUACCCGAUCCGGCCCGUGAUGGGCAAUGUUGCGGUUUUCCCGCAUGGGGACACUAGUGCGCUGCUGCAUGAGGGGACCGGAGUAAGGAAAGGUGCCAAGUAUGUCAUCAGGACAGAGGUGGAAUAUGAUGUUGAGCCGUCGGAGUCGGAACAAAAGUAA